AUGUUCAACACUGCCUUUUGCAGCUUCAAUAUUCAUUGCAACCAACAGGACAUGCAUGGUCUCUUAAACUUCAAGCAAGGAGUUACAGACCCCUCAGGUGUCCUUUCCUCAUGGACAACUCAACUAGAUUGUUGUCAUUGGAAAGGAGUCAUAUGUAGCAACAUCACUAAUAGAGUCAUUGGAAUCUCUCUCCUAUGUUCUACAACUCUUCCAAUUUACAGGGACGAAGACGAUAAAUCACAUUGCCUUACAGGUUCCAUUCGUCUCUCCUUGUUGUUAGUGGAGUUGGAAUUUUUAGAAUACUUGAAUUUGAGAAACAAUGACUUCUUAGCAUUACAAUUUGAUUAUCUGCAUAAUCAUAAUUGUCAUAAUCUAUCUAUACCUACUUCUCCUCGUUUGUGUGUCAACUCUUCAACCCUUCGUCAUCUUGAUUUAUCACUUAACUGGAAUCUUGUUAUCAAUAGCCUUCAAUGGCUUCCCAACAUUUCCUCACUGGAAUAUCUUAACCUCCGUGAUAAUGAUCUUAGCAUGGAAAGUAAUUGGCUUCAAUUAGUGACUAUGCUUCCAUCACUUUCAUUCCUCAGUAUGCGUGCUUGUCAACUUAAAGACUUGAGCUUGUCUCUCCAGUAUGCUAAUUUUACUAAACUCGAAUUUCUUAGUCUUUCUGCAAAUGAAUUUAAUUCAGAGUUGCCUAAGUGGUUAUUCAAUCUUAGUUGUGGUAUUUAUGAGUUAGACCUUAGCUCAAGUUCUCUAAUAGGACAUCUACCCAAGGACUUGUUAAAUCUUCGAGAACUAGAUUUCCUGAACAUGGAAGACAAUAACUUUGAUGGACCUAUUCCAGAUUGGUUAGGUCAUUUCAAACAUUUAGAAACUCUUAUUCUUGGAGUAAACAAAUUUUCAGGAUCUAUUCCCACAAAUUUGGGAAAUCUAUCAACCUUGAUUACCUUGGUUGUUGGCUCAAAUCCAUUGACAGGAGUUGUGUCUGAAAGAAAUUUUGCCAAAUUGUCAAAGUUAAAGGAACUGGGCAUAUAUUCAUAUGUCGGGUUAACCUUUGAUUUUGACUCGGAUUGGAUUCCACCUUUUCAACUUGAGGAAUUAGUACUUGGGUUUUCAAAUCCCAACCUUCCUGCGUGGUUCUAUACACAGCGAUCACUUGAAAGAUUAACUAUAUGGGAUUCAUCAUUUGAGGCUCCAGACAAAUUUUGGAAUUUGUUAUCAUCAGUGAUUGAACUCGAAUUACAAGACAAUUCGAUAGAUGCGAACAUGUCAAAUGUAUUGUUGAACUCUACUGUCAUUGUUCUGUCAUCGAAUGGUCUAAAAAGUUCCUUACCUCGAUUAUCACCACAGGUGACCAUUGUCUCAUUAUCUAAUAAUUCAUUAUCAGGAGAAUUGUCUCCCCUCUUAUGUGGUCAUAAUGUGUCGAAUGGCAAAAACAAUUUGUUGUAUUUGGACAUAUCAUUUAAUAAUCUAUCUGGAGGACUUACGAAUUGUUGGAAGAAUUGGAAAUCUUUGGUUGCUGUUCACUUGGGAAGCAAUAAUCUAUCAGGAAAGAUACCUUCAUCACUAGGCUUCUUAUCUAAUCUCACCUCGCUCCAUUUGCAUGAGAAUAAACUACAUGGUGACAUUCCUCUCUCAUUGCAUAAUUGUCGCUCUCUGUUGGUCUUUAAUGUUCGCAAUAACCAAUUAUCAGGAAACAUACCAGAUUGGAUAUCUCAUGGUGUAUUGGCUCUCCAAUUAAGGUCCAAUCAUUUUAGAGGUAAAAUCUCAACACAAAUAUGUGAAAUGUCUUCCCUCAUUGUGUUGGAUAUAGCACAAAACACAAUCUCCGGUGAUAUACCCAGUUGCUUUGGUAAUAUCAAAACCCUACUUUUCAACAAUGUUUCACGCUACAAACUUUCUUUUGAAUUUCCUUCAUCAGUUCCUGGUCGUUACUUUAUCAAUGAUGACAAUCUAGAAUUGGUUACUAAAGGUCAAAUAUUAGAAUAUGGAAAAAACCUACAUUUUAUGACCUUAAUUGAUAUGUCAAGUAACAAUUUGUCCUGAACAAUACCUCCACAGAUGUUUAGUCUCACUGGAUUGCAUUCCUUGAAUUUAUCCAACAAUAAGUUAGCAGGAGAAAUACCAAAUGAGAUAGGAAACAUGAAAAACUUGGAGUCCCUCGAUUUUUCAACAAACCAACUUGGGGGAGAAAUUCCUGAGAGCUUAUCCAGAUUGUCCUUUUUGGGUUUCUUAAACCUGUCAUUCAACAAUUUGACAGGCAAAAUACCAUCCGGCACACAACUUCAGGGAUUCAGUGCACUUAGUUACAUGGGCAAUUAUGAUCUUUGUGGACCCCCACUUACCAAAUUCUGCUUUCAGGAUAAUAAACAUAAAGACACAGAACACGAAGACCGAAAGCAAUCUGAAUUUUUGACAUGGUUUUAUAUCGGAAUGGAAUCCGGAUUUGUGACAGGCUUUUUAGGAGUUUGUUGCGCUAUUUUCUUAAACAAAAAGUUGAGACAUGCUUUCUUCAAGUUUCUUUAUGACUUGAGAUAUCGACUUCAUUCGUGGUGGUCAUCAACAUGAAUCCUUUUCGUUAAGAUCAAACAAGUUGCAUAACAAUACUGGUAUUUUUCACUCAUAAGAAAGGGGAGGAGUGACCAAGCUUAGGGGAAGAGAACAUGGUGGUGAAGUUCUUACAAGCAAUGUCAGCAGUGAUGAACUUUAUAUUUAAAUUUGGUUGUUAUUAAUAGUUGGUGUAUUUUGUUUUCUCUGAGCUACAGUGAUGGUUUUCAACUUAAGUGGAAGUAUAUGUUGUAUUUUAUAUGGCAAAACUGGAUCUUUCCAUAUUAGCUUUUCUUAGUAUGAAAGCACUAAAUAUAGGUGGCAGUUUCAAUAAAUAUUUUUUAAAAGCUAAUAAUAUGAUCAUCAUUCACGAAA